AGUGAUGCAAUGACUCGUAGAUGUCAAAGUUCGUGCUGCCGGUGUCAUGUCCGUCUGCACGACACUCAGCAUGGCAGGAGUGAAGUAGCGCGGAUUUUCAGUACCGGCACAUCUCUUUAUUACUCCGCAGAACACAGCCCCGUUUCGUGCAGUCCCGCAAUGGCCGGUCCGGAAGACGGGAAGCUCCGAGGGCUGCAGUUCGCUGAGCAGCAGUUACUGCGGCACGGCUGGGAGCAGGGGAAAGGUCUUGGCAAAAGAGAGAAUGGGAUUUCCGAGGCCAUCAAAGUGAAAGUGAAAUGCGACAAAUCUGGGGUCGGGCAUCAUGAAGGAGAGCAGUUCACUUUCCACUGGUGGGACCACGUCUUCAACAAAGCCUCCUCCAACCUUGCUGUGGAGGCCAGUGAGGAGGGCGUGCAGUUGAAGAAGCUGGCCGAGGAAGAGGGGGGAAUCACCAAUAAGAAGCCGCGCAGAGCUGAGCUGGGCAAGGCCAAGCUGUACGGGCGAUUCAUCAAGUCAGCGACGCUGUUGUCGGGCGGAGAGCAGGCGGAGGAGAGAGCCGGGGCCUCGGGGAGCAGCGACAGUGACAGCAGCGACGAGGAUGAGAAGCUGGACCUGUCCUCCUCCACAAAGUUAUCGGAUGCAGAUCUGGUGAAAGCGUGUGGGGGGCGCACGGCUCACAAAGGUGCCCGUCACGGCUUCAAGAUGAGCGCCAAGCUGGCCCGGCUGGAGGAGCAGGAGAGAGAGUUCCUGGCUAAAUACAGAGCGAAGACCCAGGAGCCGAGCAAACCCACCAACACAGAGACUGCCAGAGCACACCGCGAGAGACACGGCAAACAGGAGAAAAACAGCUGCAGGGAAAGAGACGUUCCCACUCCUGACUCGGGAGGAGAGCCCGAGGACGGGAACGCAGAGGAGCUAGAGACCAGAGAGACGGGACGGUCAAAAAAGAAGAGAAAAAAGAAACGGGCGAAGACUCUGGAAGAGGAAUUCCAGGGAGGUGCUGAGGAACUGGGGCCGGGGGAAGAAGGGAUGAAGAAAAAGAAACGAAAGAGAAAACGGCAGGAGGAAGCACUGCAGGAAGAAGCGACACCGCAGGAUUCGGAGAAGAAACCGAAAAAGAAGAGGAGCAAGGCACUGGAACACGAAUGACCUGCUCUUAAGAGAUAACCAAGGACCUGGAAAACACACAAACAUUCAACUGAAGCCUCCUGUGGUUUCCAGCUCAAGUCCAUUUUCCUGGCCAUACACAAGAAGUUCACUUCCUUCCUGUGUUACAGGUUAUAGGACCCCACUUUAGCCUUACAUUCACAUUGUGC